GCGAAGCACUUGUAUAAAGCCGGGAGUCAACAUGUGGGGCCACAUUCGUGAAGACACAAACUUCUGCGCUCACCUCUCACGACGCUCACUGACACUUUGAUGCAAAGGACGAGCACUCGUUAAUAUAUUCAUUUUUUUUUUUUUACCUUUUAUUUCUCUUGGAUUAUAAUUUUGUAAACGUUUUCUUUCAACCGGAGUGAUGGAUAUUUACAUUUUUCUCUCCGUGUUAUCUGUGAUGCACUCCUGGUUUUUAAGCACAGCGCUGUCAGCUCCUGUUGAAGCGUCGCCCACCGCCUCCCAAGGGCGCCAUGUGCGCAAAAAGCGCUGCUCCUGCUCUACUUUCUUGGACAAGGAGUGCGUCUAUUUCUGCCACUUGGACAUCAUAUGGGUCAACACGCCUGAGCGCGUGGUGUCUUAUGGCCUGGGAAAUGCCCCCAGGAAAAGGCGCUCGGUCCAGGUUGCCAUGGCAACCGAGAGUAGUCUCCCACGUUGCCAGUGCCUCCAUCGGGGAGACCUCACCUGCACCAACUUCUGUCAGAAGCUGGACAACAACGACCUCAGGGACGAGACGACAGCAAACACGAAGAGUCACUCGGCUGAGGGCCCUGAGCUGGCGACUGACAUGAGCAACAAUAAGAGGAUGACCAAUCAGAGAAGGGUGACGCCUCAAUGGCUCUGAUGCGAGACCAAAACGCAGUUGCUUUUUCAAAAGUGGACACGACGCCACAGGGUGAGAACGCGACAGUCUGGGAGGACGACCACCUAAAGACGGCGUGUUACCUUCAAGCCAGGGGAGGAGGUGGAAAAGUGCGCAGUACCUCAGGAACGCAAUGUGGAAGACCACCUCAGCGUUGGCGACGUGAGCACCUGCAUCUUGAUUUGCAUCCCAGCUUGGAGGAAACAGACAAGGAGCUGAGAUCCCAAGAGAUAAGCUGAUUACCAGAACACUUCCCCCCCCCCCCCCACAAUCAAACUACUUCAUCAUCACAUAUGUGCACUCCAAAAAGAACAUUAAGUAGCAUUUCAAGACACUCACUGUCAUCUAUGGAUUAUUAUAAUUCCCAAAAACUUGCAUAGUCAGGAAUUUGCCAUUCUGACUGAAACAGUUCCUACAUAUGUCAUAGCCCUACUGGAUGAAGCUAUGCAGCACUGUCGCUCGAUCGAGGGAAUUAUAAUGUAAUGGUUCUCUCUAAAUAGGUAUUUUGUUGCUCAAUGUGUUAGGUCUUGUAUCGUCAUAUUUAUUUGUACAUAUAUAUAUAUAUUUUUUGUUUUUUUGGUUUUUUUUGAAAGCCAUAUUGGUUAUGCAUUAGGUUUGUCAUUUCUAUGAAAUGUUUUGACAUCAAGAUGCCAAGUUCUGGCUAAAUAUUUUAAUAAAUG